GGAAACACUGAUCGAGAAUUUCAUCGAAUAUUAGUUACCUGCAUGCAUGCUUUAUUCGAAAUGGAUUGCUAUGCAAGUUGGUUGCUGUCUUCCAUCUUGCUCUUGUACAUACUCUUGUUGUGUUCCUGUCGUGUGGAUUAUUGCUAUGCCAGUCUUGUCAGAGAUACUUUGAAGCAGGGCGACUGGAUUACUGACAAUGGAGCAACCGGCCUUGUCUCCAGUGGAGGAAGGUUUGAACUGGGAUUCUUUACCCCUAUCAGAAGCUCUAGCCCCAAAAGGUUCGUUGGGAUUUGGUAUCACAAAUGGGAUAAACAAACAGUUGUAUGGGUUGCCAAUCGAAACAAACCUGUACUUAACGGUUCCACUGGAACUUUUGGAAUCGCAGAAGAUGGCAGCCUUAAGGUAUCGGAUACCACUGGAAAAGAAGAGUAUUGGUAUCGUUAUUACGGAACUCCAAAUGUGACUGUGAAGCUCAUGGAUUCUGGAAACCUAGUGUUAAGCUAUGUUCAUAAUCAGUCGGUGACGAGUCUAUGGGAGAGCUUCAAAAGUACUCGAACUGAUACAUUUCUUCCAGGUAUGGACAUGGAUGGCAUCCGGUCAUUGACUUCAUGGACAAGCGAUGGUGACCCGGGGCGGGGGAAGUACAGGUUUAACAAAAAAGAGGGCACAUACGUUAUCUCAAAAGCCCCAGGAAUCGAAUAUUGGAGACGCAGUUGGAUAACAGACAGCUCAGAAGCAAUGCCCGAUGACAUAUUAUACUUGUUAUCAAAUGUGAGCAAUAGCGGAAAUUAUCGUUACGAAAGGUUAGUGAUGAAUUAUACGGGGGAAUUACAGUACCAUCGCAGCUCGGGUGUGGACCAGGGAAAUUUGUCUUUGAAUUGGAGUAUGCCGGAACACAACAAUUGUAGCAUUUCCAAUUUUUGUGGGCAUUUCGGCAGCUGCAAUAUUAACAAUAGGCCAUUCGAAUGCAAAUGUUUGCCCGGGUUCCAUCCUAAUAACCUGGGGAAUUGGAAUUCUAGAAAAUUCUUGGAUGGGUGCACCAGAAGUUCAACAGCAUUGGAAAAGAGCGACACGUUCUUGAGCUUAAAUAUGAUGAAAGUGAGCGAACCGACCUAUUUUGAUUCAUUAUACAAUGAAUCAGAAUGCAGAAAGCAGUGCCUUAACAACAGCCAAUGCCAGGCUUAUUCAUUUGAUUAUUCAUAUCUGGACAACUGUGGGAUUUGGACUGAGGAUCUAAGGAAUCUUCAAGAGGAGUACACAAAAGGUGUUAACCUCUCUGUCCGCGUGGCAAAAUCUGUUAUAGGAUCAACUCCAAGGAAUUGUGAGCCUUGUGGCACAAACCUGAUCCCCUAUCCGCUGAGCAUUGGAAGAAAUUGCGGUGACCUCAUGUACUUCAAUUUCUACUGCAACAAUUCUACAGGCCAAGUUAACUUCACAAUGCCCAAUGGCAGUACCUAUCGAGUCGUGAGUAUCGAUCCAAGUAAACGAAUAUUUCUGAUCAUCCAAGUCAAAUAUGCAGGAAAUUAUAUAACAGGACUUCAGCAGCUCAAUAAGUCAUUCCUGUUUCAUCCAACCAUUGAUUCUGGCAACUAUAGUUCUGAAGUUAGAGAUGCAAUAGAGAUUAGUUGGACGCGCCCGCUGGAGCCGAGCUGUAGUUCAUCCAACGACUGCAAGGACUGGCCAAAUUCAACUUGCAAUGAAGCAAAAGAUGGAAACAGGAGGUGCCUUUGCACUAAAAACUUCCAUUGGAAUGGCUCAAAUUUAAAUUGUACUAAAGAAGAAAAGUUGUCAUUGAUUCUGAUUGUCAUGAUACCACUCAUAGUAGUGUUUCUCCUCGCAAGUGCAAUUGUUUGUAUAUAUAUGCGGAGAAGAAAGAUCAUGGCCAAGACACAAGAAAAUCAAAGAAAGCGAGCACUUCGUGCAUUAGACAAUGAAAAACAUGUCAAAGACUUGAUAGACUCGGUUGAAUUCACAGAAGAAGAUAAGAAAGACAUAGAUGUACCAUUUUUUGACUUGGAAAGCAUUCUCGCAGCUACAAAUAGUUUUUCAGAUGCAAACAAGCUUGGAGAGGGGGGCUAUGGGCCGGUUUACAAGGGCACAUUUUCAGGAGGUCAACAAAUUGCUUUAAAGAGGCUCUCAUGUGUCUCCGGACAAGGCUUACAAGAAUUUAAAAAUGAGGUGGUGUUGAUUGCAAAACUUCAACAUAGAAAUCUUGUUAGUCUUCGUGGAUAUUGCGUAAAAGGAUAUGAAAAGAUUUUACUCUAUGAGUAUAUGCCCAACAAAAGCUUAGACUCAUUUAUAUUUGAUAAAAAGCUAAGCAUGUCUUUGGACUGGGAGAUGCGCUUCAAAAUCAUUUUGGGAAUAGCUCGUGGGCUUGUUUAUUUUCAUCAUGACUCCAGAUUGAGGAUCAUCCAUAGAGAUAUGAAAACCAGUAACAUUCUUUUAGACGAGGAGAUGAACCCCAAAAUAUCUGACUUUGGCUUGGCAAGGAUGAUUGAAGGCAAAGAAACCGAGGCUAGCACAAUCAAACUAGCUGGAACUUAUGGCUAUAUGUCUCCGGAGUACACACAAAAUGGAAUGUUUUCAUUCAAAUCCGAUGUUUUUAGCUUUGGUGUGGUUCUACUUGAGAUUAUAAGUGGAAGAAAGAAUGAUGCCAUCAUGAGCCUUAUAGGUUAUGCUUGGAGAUUGUUGGAUGAAAACAAGGUGUUGGAUUUAGUGGAUCAGACUCUACGUGAAGAUUGCAAUGCAGACCAGUUAGCGAAGUGUGUAAAUAUUGGAUUCUUAUGCUUACAAGACGACCCAAAUGACCGUCCCACCAUGUUAAAUGUUGUUACCAUGCUUGACAGUGAAGCUGCAACAAUUCCAACUCCAAAACGACCAUCUUUGGUUCCAAGAUCAUGCCUUUCUAGCACAACUAGUUCUUUUACUAGAUUGGACACAGUAACAGAAUCAACUAGUAGUUUCGGAGCAACAUGAUACCAAUGCAAGUUCUCUUGAAUCCAUCCUCGAUCUCUUAAUAAGAAGGUUCUAGUGCGGACAAAACAUUGGUUUUAUGAAUAAGAAGGUUUUAUUAGUCCUUCACCCAAAUGAAACUUUUCUCCCAAUAUCUAUCCAUUUUCUUGAACCUUCUUUAUGGUAUCUGCACUUGGUGGUGAUUGUAAUUUCUUUUUCUAUUUUGUUUCGGUCAUUGUGAAGUAACCUAUAUGUAAGAUUUGAAUAUCUAUUCCUUUACUUGAAACUUCUCUAUGGUAAUGGUAAUUGUAUUUGGUGUAUUUGGUGAU